UGCCACCGUUCAGCAUCCUCAACCACUGGAUGCGCAGCAGCUGCUAACCGCGUCGCUAAAGCUCAACAACGACCCAUCGCUGUUCGAGGUGCCUUCUAUUGUACAGGACCUUCCCGAGAGUGAACAUCCCCACCAGGGUGGACACCUUCAGGCGUUUGGUGAUUCACCGAAAUCUGUCGCGGAGCCGAUGGUCGCUGGUGGUGUCAUUGUUCCGGCCGAAUGGUCGCGCAUCCUCGAUAUCGAGUUGGUGAACGACGGAACGGGGCUUGGCUUCGGUAUAAUCGGUGCCCGGACAACGGGCGUCACCGUGAAGACGAUUCUGGCCGGUGGUGUAGCUGAUCGUGAUGGGCGGUUGAAAAGUGGCGACCAGAUUCUGCAGAUCGGUGACGUGAACUUGCACGAAAUGGUAUCGGAGCAGGUGGCCUCGGUGUUGCGUCAGUCUGGGACGCACGUGCAGCUUGUUGUGGCUCGUCCAGUUGAUCCGGCCACCGUCGCACCAACGCGGCUGGUGUGGUGUAGCGUUCCGUUUUGUGGUGGCGGCUGCAUGAAUACGAACGCCAAAAUGCAUCACCUCUCGAGCGAUGUGUCGAACGCGCUGAAGCAGAUCGAGCUAAUCAAGCAGACGCUCCCCGUUGACGUUGAAGAAGACCUGAAGCUGGUGAUCGAUCUGCUGCAGGAUCCGGUGUUUCGGAACAUUGUCCAAAUCCAGGACUCACUGGCCGAACUGAACCACCAGAUUACACAGCAUCCCUCGAUUCUGCCGGGAGACUUCGACAUCGCAAACAGUGGUGAUCUGGUGUUGAACGUGCCGCCCGGGACGGACCUUUUCGAGGCGGACUACCAGGACGAGCAACGCGUCCCAUCGGCGCAGAUAUCGCCCGGAAGCCCCGCUCCGAUCCCGAUCGGUGGGGCCAUGACACCGAAGAUGACGCUCCUCGACCACAGCCAGCUGAUGGUACAAGUGCCACAGGGACCAGUGGUUGCCACCGUUCAGCAUCCUCAACCACUGGAUGCGCAGCAGCUGCUAACCGCGUCGCUAAAGCUCAACAACGACCCAUCGCUGUUCGAGGUGCCUUCUAUUGUACAGGACCUUCCCGAGAGUGAACAUCCCCACCAGGGUGGACACCUUCAGGCGUUUGGUGAUUCACCGAAAUCUGUCGCGGAGCCGAUGGUCGCUGGUGGUGUCAUUGUUCCGGCCGAAUGGUCGCGCAUCCUCGAUAUCGAGUUGGUGAACGACGGAACGGGGCUUGGCUUCGGUAUAAUCGGUGCCCGGACAACGGGCGUCACCGUGAAGACGAUUCUGGCCGGUGGUGUAGCUGAUCGUGAUGGGCGGUUGAAAAGUGGCGACCAGAUUCUGCAGAUCGGUGACGUGAACUUGCACGAAAUGGUAUCGGAGCAGGUGGCCUCGGUGUUGCGUCAGUCUGGGACGCACGUGCAGCUUGUUGUGGCUCGUCCAGUUGAUCCGGCCACCGUCGCACCAACGGUACCGCUCGGUGGUGAAUUUGACCAUUCUGCGAUCGUUCCAACGCUCCUGUUGGGGGAUCCUCUCAAGCUGAAGCAGUAUCUGGCCGAUUCGGGCUUCGGUACCAUCUACAGUGUGUACUCGAUCGCCAAUCUGCUCGACAAGGAUGGCGUUUUACCCUUCGACAAGGACAGUCCGAUCGAGUUUCCCGAGACGGAAGUGUUUACGGUCGAGCUGCGCAAGGAUCAGAACGGGUUGGGCAUUACGAUCGCCGGAUAUGUGUGUGAGAAGGAGGAACUGUCGGGAAUCUUUGUGAAAAGCGUGUCUCCCGGCAGUGCGGCUGAUCUGAGUGGUAGGAUUCAAGUGAACGAUCGCAUCAUCGAGGUUGACGGUCAGUCACUGCACGGUUUCUCGAACCAUCAAGCGGUGGACGUACUGAAGCAGAGCGGCCACGUGGUGUCGCUGUGUCUCGAGCGGUAUCUCCGCGGUCCCAAGUACGAUCAGCUGCAGCAAGCGAUUGCGGCGAACGAGAUGAAACCACCGACACCCGCCACACCACCGCCACCGUUGGGACCAACCGAUCUUUCGAAAUACGGUAGCAACAUUCUGGACAUUUUGCCACGUGGCGUCGAUAAGCCGCAACCGCAGCAACGUACCGUGGAAACACUCAAAGCCGGAGUAGCUUACGAUGGCGAAGAGUCGCUCAAUGGUGGCGAGGGUCCACUAGAGCUGAACGGCGCCGGUGGCCCCAUCGUAAUGGGUCACAAGAAGCUGGCGCGCGCAAAAGACUCGAUUGAAAACCAAGAGUAUCGGGAGAUGAAAAUGAAGGAAGCGGCCCUCGAUAGUGGCGAGCCCGGAAGCGAAGGGCUGAUGGAAACGAGCAACUUAGUGGCGAUCAAUAAGCAUGGCAAGACGCGCAGCUCAUUAAAGGGACUGCCCGUUAGCGGCGUGGCAGUAACGGCGGAGGAGGACGAUGAUGAGACGGCGUACAUUGUCCACAAAUGGACCAACAUUCUUGGGCCCGAGGUGCAAAUUAUUGUGGCCAACAUUCGCAAGUUCGCUGCCUCGAGUGGGUUGGGCAUUUCGCUGGAGGGAACAGUAGACGUGGAAGGUGGCAAAGAGGUGCGUCCUCAUCACUACAUCCGUUCGAUCCUGCCCGAGGGACCGGUGGGACAGAAUGGGUUGCUGCGCUCCGGAGAUGAACUGCUUGAGGUCAAUGGCCAGCGAUUGUUGGGUAUGAAUCACCUGAAGGUGGUGUCGAUACUGAAGGAGUUGCCGCAGGAUGUGUGUAUGGUUUGUGCUCGUGGCGAUCCGGAUCUGUUGCGUUUCACCGAGGAGCAACUGAUCAGCUCCCUGGAAGCGGAUGCGGCAAAACGGGCCCAGCAUCAACUGCACGGCAGUCUAACACCGUCGGAACGAUUGGUUAAGGCUAAAUCGGAUGGCAGUCUGGCCACCACCAACGGUGGAUCGAACGAUGCAUUUUCGAAGAUCAAAUCACGCAGCCUCGAACCACUCACGGGAUUGGCAAUGUGGAGCUCCGAGCCACAGAUCAUCGAGUUGAUCAAGGGGGAGCGUGGGCUUGGCUUCUCCAUCCUCGACUAUCAGGAUCCGCUCGAUCCGAACGAUACGCUGAUCGUGAUCCGCUCGCUCGUUCCGGGGGGUGUCGCGCAGCUCGACGGUCGUCUCAUUCCCGGCGAUCGGUUACUGUUCGUGAACGAUACGGUACUGGAAAAUGCUUCUCUCGAUCAGGCAGUCCAGGCACUAAAGGGAGCCCCGAAGGGUGUAGUUCGCAUUGGUGUCGCGAAACCGCUGCCCAUGCAGGACUCUUCGCUUGUCGGACCGUUCGAUGAGAAGACGCUCGGUGGGCCCGAUGCACCCACCAACGGUAGCUCGGUCGGCGGUAGCAAAAUGUUAUCGCUUGCGAAACCGGACAUUAUAAUGGAAUGAGGUUGUUUAGUCAUAAGCAGAAAUGAAUACGAACGCUUUUCGGAACUGUACUUCCGCUUGGACGCGCUACUGGAGCUGAUCGACGGUGCGUCCCACGCCGAACGGUAUGUCGUUUAGUUCAUCCACCCCUUUUCCUCCGCUGCUUACAGCGAAAACAGAAGAGAAAGUUCAAACCCAAACCCAAUCGAUCGUACUCGAUCGCCGUACGCUUCGCUCUUCCAAUUGGUUACGAAAUUCAGCUUGAACUUUAACACCCUUUCUUUAGAAUUUGUUCUGCUUUUGCGACAAUUCUCCUCCUUAUCGGUAUCUGCCUAAUGGCCAUCUGAAUCCAGUCUCUCUUUUAAUUACGUUUAUGCUUUCUACACGUCCCAUCCAUAUCAUCCGUUGUGCUGCACAAUUCAUUUCAUAUCAAUAUCGUAUUUCCAAUGUUAAGUAUUCUUCACGCCAACGUAUUAGUAUUCGUAACGACAGACGAUGUUUCGCAACCAUCCCAUCCGACCCUACUUUCUCCAUUUACCAUUAGGCGCUUAAACAAAACACACAUUCUCAACCAACAUGAAUACAACAUUCUCAAUCGUACGUGCUGUACAUACUUUCAACAUUUCUCAAGCAUUUCAAACACAUCGUUGCACACACCCAAGGUGUCUGUGAAGAUUGCAUCGAAGUUAAUAUGAUACACAACCAAGAAAGAAGGAAAAACACAACACAGAUGAGCAGAAAACUAUCAAAAUGCAGUGUAGUUGUACUAUCAUCCUGUUUAUAAUGUUUGCAACACGCAAAAGCACGUACUUUACCCGUCUUCUUUGUGAUGCACUAAUGCACUUAGCAAUUGUUUCCCCCUUGGUCGCGGCUUGGGGUUAGCACAUUCCUCAGAUUGUUUUGUAUCAAAUGAUAUAUGUUUUAUUAUAAAUACUACUAAGUCUAAGAUAUUACCAUUUUUGCCUUAGAAUGAUUUUAUUUAGAUAGCCAAAUAUUGUGCUUAUUAGUCAAUCUGUACGGAAAGAAUUUUGUUCUAUUUCGGCAUCCAGCCUUCUCUUGUCGAAUGAUAGGUUACUUUAUCCAAAGUCAAUCAAGUGCACCCACUCAAGUGUUGGCCACUAUAACCGAGCGUAGCACAUUCACAUUCCUCUCACACCCCAUCAUGCACCAUCGGUUUAAAUCGCACGGUCACAAAGCAACAUAAAAUCGAACUUUCAAUUAUUGGCCGAGAAGAAUGCACCUUCACUACUAAGGCACACAAUGAGGCAACACUUGACGGUACAGGCGUCUCACGAGCACCUCUAUUUUCCGCAUUUUUAAUGUUUAUUCUGCUUUGGCCGUCGUUCACUUCAUCCCGGCAAACCCGGCUUCAGCUCUAUUCUACGGGAAGAAGCUCAAGGUGACGGUCGACAGGACAACCUUACCUCUUGAUUGUUACUGUCUGCAAAUCCUGCACUGAGUUGCCUGCUGUACUCCGCACGUCUUGCGCCUCUAGCCUAGCGCGCUCCCAUUUGAUAUUUGCGGAUCCGUAAAUCCGUUCGGUUGGUUUCGUUUUCAAUGAUUUCUUUAUCUUCUUGAACUGCUGUACGAAACUGUUGAAUUUACACCACGAAACAAAUCUUCUCGUUCGUUCUCGCGCGAUCGUAUUGCAAGCCAAACAAGAAAAGCAAUGGUGGAUUAUUGAUUUCUGACUUAUGACGUUAAUUGGACCAGGAAAAAGGAAAACAAAAGAAUCAACAAGCGACAAAAAAGGCAAACGCUGAAGAAAACCUUAAAUGUGACGAAAUGGGAGUAACAAUUUAGAAGCAAAUAGGCAAUAGUGAAUAGCAAGAAUCUCGGUGUGCUUGGUAGAGAUAGAUAUGGAUAGAGAGGAAAAUAGAGCGAGAGAGAGCGAUAGGAAAGAUCAAACGUAGAGAACCUAUAGGAAACCGUAAACAUCCGUUUCGUAGGUUAUGAAAAGCAAGACAUUGAUCCUUUUCCGUUUUAGUCGCUCCAUCAGAUUUCUUCAGCAAGCCCAUUUCAUCUUCGCUGAGAGGCAGUUUGUUGUGUACGUCGGUGAAGCCGAUAGCCGAAAGGAAAAGGAAUUUGAGAGUGUUUCACUACUGCACUCCUUGGAGACGGGUAGUUGCUACGCAAGGUGAAGUAGAUCCAUCCAACAGUUGCACAUUGAAGCAAAGUAGAAACGAAUCCUUCGGUGUUUAGAGAAUGCCUUAGAACUGUGCUGUGUGUUAAGAAUCCGGAGGAACAGUAUCCACGUUCUCCGGAGUGCGCGUAUAGUACGUCUCAAACAGAAAACGUCCUAGCAAGUCGGCACUCAGCUGCCUAGAUAGUGACCUAGCAUGUGACCAUCUUUCGGACGGUCGAACGUGAACUUAUUUUUAUUCUAAUCUAAAAAACAAUCGAUUCAAUCAGUUGUUACUCGAAGGCAUUAUUGUAUCGCCCCGACUGUGGCGCUAUCUGUGCAGUCCAACAAGGAAUUUCGGUGUGAUUUCUUUCGAUUGUGUCAAUGGAUGGUGAAUGGAUGCACAGUGGGCAAACAUUGUUCGCAAUACUUUUAAUUUAAAUCUAUCAUUUUUCUUUCCCUAUCUCCCAAAAUAUCGAGCACUUCAACUGUUCCUUUUCCCGUGUUCACAUUCAGUGUAUAAGUCCCUAAACCUGGGAGUGUCUCCGCUAAUCCAUUUAGUGAUCGAUAGUUGAAGCAAACAUUCAGAGACACCCAAACAACACCAACGAUGGUCGUUUCGGAUCGUCGCACUUAAUAAUGACUAGCAAGAGAAUUUGAUAAAGUCGCUAUCAAGGAUGCCACGAAACCCGCCAAGCGGCCCAAUUCCACGGGUUGGAAUCGGUUCCACAACCCCUCGCGACAGGGCCUACACAGGAAAAAAAGUGCGAAAUUGUUUAGAAACACGUUAGAUAUGUUGAUGUUGGUAGAUAAAGUUGAACAGAACAAAGAAAGGUACAGACGGAACGACAACGGAAAGGGGGCAGAGAAACGGACAAGAUUUUGCCACUAUUUAUGACAGUAGAUUAGAACAUUCCAUCACAAUUGUACUUUACUUUAGUCCGUUGAAUAUACACAAAUAUAUAUAUUUGUACUUUAUACAUAUUAUAUGGGUGUAUCUAUAUAAAAAUGAAGUUUAAUAAAUUUAA